UUGUUAAUCAAACCCAUAAGCCCUUUUACUCCCCCUGAGAGUCCUGAGGGUUUUAUUUAAACUUCCCCUUUCUCAUCUCCUCCUUUUGGUAAAGCCACUCCAUUCCAUUCCCCCAAACACACAAAAUCUCAUUCUCUUUUUUUCUCAUAGUUUUUUUUAAUGAAGAGACCCUUAACCACUUCUCCUUCUACCUCCUCUUCUACUUCUUCUUCGGCUUGUAUACUUCCGACUCAACCAGAGACUCCAAGGCCCAAACGAGCCAAAAGGGCUAAGAAAUCUUCUAUUCCUACUGAUGUUAAACCACAGAAUCCCACCAGUCCUGCCUCCACCAGACGCAGCUCUAUCUACAGAGGAGUCACUAGACAUAGAUGGACAGGGAGAUACGAGGCUCAUCUAUGGGACAAAAGCUCGUGGAAUUCGAUUCAGAACAAGAAAGGCAAACAAGUUUAUCUGGGAGCAUAUGACAGCGAGGAAGCAGCAGCGCAUACGUACGAUCUAGCUGCUCUCAAGUACUGGGGUCCCGACACCAUCUUGAACUUUCCGGCUGAGACGUACACAAAGGAGUUGGAGGAGAUGCAGAGAUGUACAAAGGAAGAGUAUUUGGCUUCUCUCCGCCGCCAGAGCAGUGGUUUCUCUAGAGGCGUCUCUAAAUAUCGCGGCGUCGCCAGGCAUCACCAUAACGGAAGAUGGGAAGCUAGGAUUGGAAGGGUGUUUGGAAACAAGUACUUGUACCUCGGCACUUAUAAUACGCAGGAGGAAGCUGCAGCUGCAUAUGACAUGGCGGCUAUAGAGUACAGAGGCGCAAACGCAGUGACCAACUUCGACAUUAGUAACUACAUCGACCGGUUAAAGAAAAAAGGUGUCUUCCCAUUCCCUGUGAGCCAAGCCAAUCAUCAAGAAGCUGUUCUUGCUGAAGCCAAACAAGAAGUGGAAGCUAAAGAAGAGCCUACAGAAGAAGUGAAGCAGUGUGUCGAAAAAGAAGAACCGCAAGAAGCUAAAGAAGAGAAGACUGAGAAAAAACAACAACAACAAGAAGUGGAGGAGGCGGUGGUCACUUGCUGCAUUGAUUCUUCGGAGAGCAAUGAGCUGGCUUGGGACUUCUGUAUGAUGGAUUCAGGGUUUGCUCCGUUUUUGACGGAUUCAAAUCUCUCGAGUGAGAAUCCCAUUGAGUAUCCUGAGCUUUUCAAUGAGAUGGGGUUUGAGGAUAACAUUGACUUCAUGUUCGAGGAAGGGAAGCAAGACUGCUUGAGCUUGGAGAAUCUGGAUUGUUGCGAUGGUGUUGUUGUGGUGGGAAGAGAGAGCCCAACUUCAUUGUCGUCUUCACCGUUGUCUUGCUUGUCUACUGACUCUGCUUCAUCAACAACAACAACAACAAUAACCUCUGUUUCUUGUAACUAUUCUGUCUGAGGGGGGAGAGCUUUGCAUUUCUAGGUUGAAUUUUCUAUUUCUUUUGCUUCUUUUUUUUUUGUUGAGUUCUGCUAGGGUUUGUAUUCUGUUUCAGGGCUUACUCAUUGGUUCUGACAGUCAAUGUUUAGCUCUCUUUUCCGCU